GAGAAAUCGACGUUUUUCGUUUUGCCAGAAUAAAUUACGGCCCCCUCUGCAAAACCAGUAGCUGCAAGCGUGGCGUCAUGGUGGCUGGGCAGGGUGAGGCAUCCCCUCCGGUUCCACCAGCAGAAGGCACACAAGACUCUCCUUCCUCUGACGAAGAAUCUGCCUCGGAAUACGUCGACAGCUCCGAUAGCAACUGGUCAGGAGGCUCUGUUGUCGACUCGAUCACGCUAGAUGAUGACUACGAAACGCAGGAGAGUUGUGAAGAGGUGGAUGUCUCUGAAGACGAUCUCAGCGUGCUUCUCGUGGAUGAAUCUAUAGCUGCUAAGGCGCGUCGGUCGGGAAGACUCCUGCGACAGCAAAUGCUUAGAGGGCCUCGAGUCGGAUGUCGAGCGCUUGUUAGUUUCUUUAACGCGCAUGGGGAAGUCAGAGCGUGUAACCAGUCUUCUUACGGCUAUUGCUGUUCUCAUGAAGGCCGACAACGCUAUACCUAGCCGAGGCCACGGCGUCCGUGAAAAAUUCCCGUACGUGCUACCUCUCGUCGGCCGUGUGUGCGCUCAAGCAUUUUGUAGCUGCUACAAUGUUUCUUAAAACGCCGCGCGGACAUGGCUGCAGAGGCGAAACACAUCCAAGAAGAGCGCGUGGAUGCCCCAUCCUUCGUAGAUCAGCUCCAGAAGUUAUGGAAGCCAUUGAAGAAGCGAGGAGCUCAGAGGCUCAACGAAAAAAAAAAGCCGUGCUUCUAAGACAUAGAAGAGGGUGCGGAAAGCUUCAUCUAAGUGAGUUUCAUUCAGUGUUAAAACAAAAUGUUACUUACGUUGACGAACAAUUCAAAAUGUUACUUAUCGCAGGACUCCGAG